AUCAAAUCAGUUCGACUUGUUUACUUGAAACAUAAUGAAGUUCACCAUCGUUUUCCUGCUUCUGGCCUGCGUGUUCGCCGUAGCUUUGGCCACUCCCGGCAAGCCACGCCCCUACAGCCCACGCCCCACCUCCCAUCCCCGCCCGAUUCGAGUGAGGCGCGAGGCUUUCACCGUCGAGGAUCACCUGGCUCAAGCUGCUAUAAGGCCUCCUCCCAUUCUGCCCGCCUAAAGAUGUGGACCCCAAGG